AUGGACCCAGCCUGGGAUGGAUCCCAGGGACCUCGGCCAGGCACAGCUAGUAUCCGGGUACGGGAGCUGAGCUGGCAGGGCCUAACCAACCCCUGCCCACAAAACAAGAGACGGGGCAGCCAUGGGGAUAUCCACAGGGAGCGGCGGGUGGAAGAGCACCUUUCCCCUGCUCGGCUGCAGGCCCUGGCCCAGGUAGAUGACCUCCAACUGGUGAGGGUGCUGGAGAUGUGUGUGGACACCCGUAAGAACAGCCUGGGGAACUUCGGAGUGCACCUCCCUAACCUGAUCCAACUGAAGCUGAACCACAGCUGCCUGGGCUCCCUCAGAGACCUGGGCACUUCUCUGGGCCACCUGCAGGUGCUGUGGCUGGCUCGCUGUGGCCUGACUGACUUGGAUGGCAUUGGCUCCUUCUUGGCACUGAAGGAACUUUAUGUCUCCUACAACAACAUCUCAGACCUGAGCCCACUGUGCCUGCUCGAGCAACUGGAGGUGCUGGACCUUGAGGGCAACAAUGUGGAAGACCUGGGGCAGAUGCGGUACCUGCAGCUGUGUCCACGGCUGGCCACGCUCACACUGGAGGGGAAUCUGGUGUGCUUGAAGCCAGACCCUGGCCCUUCCAACAAGGCACCCCAGGACUACAAUUAUAGGGCAGAGGUAAAGAAGCUUAUCCCCCAGCUCCACAUCCUAGAUGAGAUACCCACCACAUGCACCAACCUGCCUGCUUCCCAGAAGCUGAAUCAGGACUGGCUGAUGGUGAAGGAGGCCAUCAAGGAAGGCAGCGUGCUUGACAUUCUCCUCCCUCGGCUGGAUUGUUCCCAUGGAACCACUAUACGGAAACUUGACCCAAUCUUGCCUGUGCCUGAGACCCAACCAUGGGCUCUGUCUUUGCUGGUCCCUGAGGGCCCCUUGCCUGAAGGUCUGCUUUCUGAGAAUCCAGCCACAGAAGACCAUUCCAGCAGCCUCACCCAUGGUGCUUGUCAAGUUCUCUGUGGGAACCCCACCAAAGGCCUGAGGGAGCGUAGACACCAGUACCAGGAAUGGGCACCCCUGGAGCAGCUGCCCUCACAUAGGCCAGAUCUGGCCACCCACCCCUCUACCCCAAGGCCUGACCCUACAGAAAGCUGUGACCUGGCCAUGAUUGGGCUCCGGGCCUGGAGGGAGCCUGGCCUGCGUACUCUCCUCCACAGGCAGGUGGAGUUCCAGCAGGAAAGGCUUGCUCCAGCUCCAGCUCAGGACCCACAGAAGGCUCCUGAAGAACAGGAAGACCAGACUGGACCCAAGAUUUCCCUAACCCCUCCACGCCUGGCCUCAGAACUUUCCAGGACACCAGGCUUUCACCUGAUCCCUUCUCCCCCAAAGUACCCAAAGCCACCUGAGUCAGGCAGCAGCUCCUCGGUGAGAUCUGCAGACCUGCCCUUCAGAGGGCGUAGGCUUAGAGUCCUAGGUAGCUUGGGAUCUAGCCUGGGUGAGGGGUCUGGCCUGGGUGAGAGGUUGGCUGCAGUGACUGCCCUGAGAGCACUGGACCACAGAGUCCAGGGAUGCCCAGACCCAAAGCCAGCACUAGGUCCAGCAGCUUGCCCUCCAGGCCUCCACUGCCUCCAUCACCUGAACCCUAUCCCUCCAGCCCACUCUCUCCCUUAA